AUGUCCCGCCCGCCACCCCUCCCACAUCCAACAACAACCCUCCACCUCUACCGGCAUCUCCUCCGCGAAUCCUCCUACCUCCCGGUCCUCAUCCGGCCCUUCUUCGACGAGCGCAUCACUACCCGUUUCCGCUCCCACCGGUGCGACCCCGGGCCCUCUUCCUGUCCACAAACCGCCUCCCGUCUCAAGCGCGCCCAUCACGACCUGCGCUACCUCCGCGCCGCCAACGCCGGCGACCUCCCACGCAUGCGCCGCAUUUUACUUCUCGCAUUCGGCCGCACGGGCGCAAAACGUCGACAGUUACUCACCGACCUGCUCCAACCAGAUACACCAACCAGCGACCUCGAGCUACAAAAAUACAUCGCCAAGGCGCGCGCCAUCGCCAAAGAAGGUCGGAAACCCGACUGGCUGGAUAACUGGGACACGGAAAAACUCAAGGCGUUUGUGCGCUCGCAAGUGGGCGACGCGCCGCCGGUGAUUAAUCAGCCCCGGACGCAGAUUACCAAUUUACAACUGACGCCAGAACGCGCGGUGCCGAAAGAGAAUAUCUGGGGCGGGGAGCUAAACAUCAAGGUUCGGAGGACGAAGCUGAAGAAUAAGUAUAAGCAGGUUGCGGAGAAAGUGCUCCCGCCUGUGCCGAGGGAGGAGUGGGAGCUUCUGAGGGAUUUGGUGAACAAAAAAGAGGAGUGGGAGGUCCCUGCACGACGAAGUGUGGGGGUGUCUGUUUGGGGGAAGGAGAAGGAAGCAGAAGAAGAGAAGGCAAUGGAUUGGGAUUGGAAGAGAUAUGCCACGCAAGCGAUCUGGAAGGUGGAUAGGCAGAAGAGUAGGAAGAAUAUGUUAUUGAGUGGACAGACGGAGGAGGAUCUGCCGAUGGGGGAGCAAAGGGCUAUUGAUUGUCAUCGGUAUACCCCCAGGCUGUGGAGGAGGACGUUGGAGCAGAUUUGGAGGAUGACAGCGGUUAUGGAGAGGAAAAAGGAUGGGAAGGGGUGGGAGAUUGAAUGGGGCAUGAAGAAGUAUGAGCCGCCCGUUGUGCCGGCGGCGGAUUCAGAGUUCUUCGAGGGCGCGCCGGUGAGGGUGGACCCGCGGAAGAAGGGGAAGAAGGGAAAGGCCGAAAAGCAGUGA